CACGCCCGAAGCGAGACUAGAAGGCGCCAGCGAGCGGGCCGCGGUUACGGGCACAUCAAAAAUGGCCCCAGCCUGCGAACGGCUGCAGUUUCGAUUUCCUGGCUACGGUGAUGGGGUCCUGCACCGCAUGGACCAGCUGCGGCAGCAAAGGCGCUUCUGUGAUGUGACAGUGCAGGUGAACGAUCUGCGGGUUCCUGGGCACCGUGUGGUCUUUGCUGCUUGCUCCCCUUUCUUGCGCGACCAGUUCCUGCUCAAUGAUUCACAGGAGGUGUCCGUCUCGCUCUUCCAGAGUCCGGAGAUUGGGCGCCAGCUUCUUCUCUCUUGCUACACAGGGUGCCUCGAGGUGCCCAUCAAGGAACUGGUCAACUACCUGACAGCUGCUUCCUUCUUGCAGAUGGGUCACGUGGUGGAGCGUUGUGCUCAGGCGGUCUCCCACUACUUAGUCCCCAAGGCAGACACCCUGCUGCGGGAGGAGCAGGCAGAGGGGAGCUAUUCCCAGCAGGAUGGGGAAGAAGAAGGGGAGGAGAAGCAACCUCCUUCACCCACGGGGGAGACAGAUUCCGAGGAUGUCAAAGUGGAGGUGCCCGAGUUCACCCCCCGCGACUCCCAUGGCCCCUCUUCUCCUGCGAUCUCCCUCUCCCUCAUCAACUCCGCUGUGGAGAUCACGCGCAGCUACUUGCAGGGUUGCUAUGACGACGAAGCAAGCAGCGAAGGACUUACUUUCCCUCCAGCAGCUCCUGCCCCUGCCCCUCAGUGGAGGAACUACCCGCUGCAUCGUCACCGGCACGGCACGGCCAUGGCAUGCAGGGACUGGCGGGCGGGUGGCGGGGUGGCAUCGUGGAAGGUGCCGGGGCUGGAGCGCCCAUACCGUUGCCCCCGUUGCAACAGUGUGUUUCAGCAGCUGGGGAACUUUGUGAGCCACGUGCAGGAGCACAAGCUCUUCCUGUGCCUCCGCUGCGGCAAAGUCUUCUCGCAGAAGAGCAACCUGACGCGCCACAUCCGCGUGCACACCGGCUUCAAGCCCUUCCAGUGCCCCAUCUGCCGCAAGUGCUUCACCCAGAACGCCACCCUGCAGGACCACCUCAACCUCCACAGCGGCAUCAAGCCUCACAAGUGCAACUACUGCGAAAUGCACUUCACCCACAAACCGGGCCUGCGGCGCCACCUCAAGGAGAUGCACGGCAAGAGCACCGUCCAGAACAGCCACGAAGAGAUCGAAGAGGUCACCAUUGACUUUGAUUGAUGCAAGAGGAGGGCGGGAGGGGCAGCUGCAAACUGAGCGGUAGAGUCUUCCGUGAGGCCAGGCAGAGUCUUCAGUCAGUCCAAAAUUCCUUUCAGCGAAAGAUGGGCUGUGCCACAGGCCACACUCAUUGCUUUUCAAGUAGUAAGGGAAGUGCUGUGGCUAUAGAGUGUUUACUGUAGAAGAGCACAGAGGACAAGGACUCAACCGUCAUCUGGAUAGGAGACAAAAUCGCCCCACAGCAAGGAGAGGCUGUUGAGUGAGGAUGCUGCCUGAGGAUGUCUAGGCCCAUUUUGUAAAUGGGUUCAUGUGAGGUGAAGCCACUGCCUCAGACAGUGGGUUUUUGGUGCCCUUAACGGCAGCAGUGGGGAAAUGAGAGAGCUGGCUCAUGGGGCACAAUCCACUGGGCAAGCCCCAGUGAAAUGAAGGGGAGCCCUGCAAGAAUGUGAUGGUGCUUUGGUAUAGCUCCCUUUCAGUGUGUGUGUGUGUGUGUGCGCGCGCGCGCAGAAGACCAUCAUGGCGAAUUAGUGUGUAAUGGGAUUGCGAUUUAGAUUUCCUACCUCACGUGUGUCAGUGUUUGCUCUGGCCCUGUUGGGGCCGCUGCAGAAUCAGCCAUCUGACUCAACACCAGAAGAACUUAAUCAAAUAGGGAUGGCAGGAGAUGGAAGUUUACAGUUGAUUGAUGAAUUAAAAUUAACGUCAUUGGGUUUGGGUGGCAGACACCCAAGAAUUCUUGAAAUGAUUGCUAAUCUCAUAAUAAAAUAUACCACAUGUCACUAAAA